AUGGCUGACGACAUUUUAGACUUUGAAAGUAAGAAAAAGAAGAAAUCAAAGCCUCUUGUGCAUGAUUUUAAAGAUGAACCCGGUAAUCUGGGGAACCAAGAUAUUCUGGACUUUGGUUCAAAAAAAAAGAAAAAGGACAAACUCUUAAGCUUGGACGACGUGGGUAACAAAGAGGACUCACGUCAGGAACCGGAAUUUCAUAAGAAGGACCCAACAGAAAACGGCGUUAAGCAACUUACUGAAAAACUAACAGAUGAGCUCACUUUCUCAGACAAAAAGAAAAAAAAGAAAUUCAGACCGAUUGAAGUAGAUGAAAAUGGGGUUUGCGAGCCAAACAGUAUGUCUGAACUUAUCGUCAGGGAUUCAUCGGGUUAUGAUUAUGAAACGCUGUUAACACGAGUUUUCGCUCAGCUUGGUGAUUUGAAUCCUGAACUUGUAUCAGAUCAGAAAAGAAAGCUCGUAAUGGUUCCUCCUCAAAUGGCUCGUGUUGGGACCAAAAAGACUCUGUUUGUAAAUUUUUCAACUAUUUGUCGUUCUUUAAUGAGAGAUCAGUCUCAUCUCACAACAUACAUACUAACUGAAUUGGGUACUCAGGGUUCAGUGGAUGCUAACGGUGCUUUACUUAUUCGUGGACGUUAUACAAGUAAACAUAUGGAACCUGUGCUGAGAAACUACUGUAGAACUUACGUGUUGUGUGGUACCUGCCAGUCUUCUGAAACAGACCUAUGCAAAGACUCGAGACUUCUUUUCCUCCACUGUCGGCGAUGUGGAUCUCGUUUCACCGUAAAAACAGUGACUUCCGGAUUCCAAGCACUGACAGGGAAACGUGCUGCUUUGCGGGCAAAAACACAAUGA